UUUGAAUAUCGCCAGCAGAACCUGGACAUGUUCAAGAGCUUCAAGGCCACAGACCCGGGCAUCAAGCAGGCGCUGAAGGAUGGCUUCCCGGGCGGGCUGGCCAACCUGGACCACUACGGCAGGGAGAUCCUCGUCCUUUUCGCUGCCAACUGGGACCAGAGCAGGUACACGCUGGUGGAUAUUUUGCGCGCCAUACUUCUAUCUUUAGAAGCCAUGAUAGAAGACCCUGAGCUUCAAGUGAACGGAUUUGUUUUGAUUAUAGACUGGAGCAACUUCACCUUCAAGCAGGCCUCCAAGCUCACACCAAGCAUGCUUAGAUUAGCCAUUGAAGGCCUUCAG